AAGCUCUUAGAGUAACACCACCACCAAUUGCACCAUAUUUAAAUGGUGAUGAUAUCGAUGGUGCUGAUAAUAGUGAACUUCAACAUGUGACCCGAGUGCGAUUAGUGCAAUUUCAAAAAAAUACAGAUGAACCUAUGGGCAUAACCCUGAAAAUGACCGAAGAUGGACGUUGUAUUGUAGCUAGAAUAAUGCAUGGUGGUAUGAUUCAUCGUCAGGCAACAUUACAUGUUGGUGAUGAAAUACGUGAAAUAAAUGGCCAACCUGUACAGCAUCAAUCCGUUGGUCAAUUACAACGAAUGCUUCGUGAAGCUCGUGGUUCAGUUACCUUCAAAAUAGUUCCUUCAUAUAGGAGUGCUCCACCACCUUGUGAGUUAAUUUAUUCAAAAACAAAACAGCUGUUCAGGAUUAGACCUGCACCAGUUCUUAUAUUUGUGAGAGCUCAAUUCGAUUAUAAUCCACUAGAUGAUGAGCUAAUACCGUGUGCUCAAGCUGGAAUUGCAUUCCAAACUGGUGAUAUUUUACAGAUUAUUAGUAAAGAUGAUCAUCAUUGGUGGCAAGCAAGACAUGAUGCAGCUGGUGGUUCAGCUGGUUUAAUACCAUCGCCGGAAUUACAAGAAUGGCGUAUUGCAUGUCAAACUAGUGAUAAAUCAAAACAAGAGCAAGUGAACUGUUCAAUUUUCGGUCGUAAAAAGAAGCAAUGCCGGGAUAAAUACUUGGCAAAACAUAAUGCUGUGUUUGAUCAACUGGAUUUGGUCACUUAUGAAGAGGUUGUUAAAGUGCCAGUUGGAGAUCCCAACUUUCAGCGUAAAACUUUAGUUUUAUUGGGCGCACAUGGUGUUGGUCGCCGUCAUAUCAAAAAUACCCUUAUAGCUAAAUAUCCGGAUAAAUAUGCUUAUCCGAUACCACAUACAACGAGACCUCCAAGACCGGACGAAGAGAAUGGUCGAAGUUAUUAUUUUGUUUCACAUGACGAAAUGAUGGCUGAUAUUGCAGCUAAUGAGUAUCUCGAAUAUGGUACCCAUGAAGAUGCAAUGUAUGGAACAAAAUUGGAUACAAUCCGACGUAUUCAUACCGAAGGUAAAAUGGCUAUUUUGGAUGUUGAACCACAAGCGCUUAAAAUAUUAAGAACAGCUGAAUUUACACCAUAUGUUGUAUUUAUAGCAGCGCCAUCAUUACAAAAUAUUGCUGAUUAUGAUGGUAGCUUAGAACGCCUCGCUAAAGAAUCAGAUAUGUUACGUCAAGCGUAUGGACAUUUCUUUGAUUUAACAAUUAUAAAUAAUGAUAUUAGUGACACAAUAGCAACAUUAGAAAAUGCUAUUGAUAAAGUACAUACAACACCACAAUGGGUACCAGUAUCAUGGCUCUACUGACAAGAUAGUGAAUUAGAAUGUCCCGAUUGUUUAGAAGGAUGCGAUUGUGAAAUUGAAUCACAAUUUACAUAAAAUAUAAUUAUAAAAAAAUAUAUAUAUAUACAUGCAUAUAUAUACAUAUAUGUAUAUAUAUUAUUAUAAAAAUUUAUUGUAAACAUGCAUAUAUAUAUAUAUUCAAUAUA